AUGAUACAGAAUCCCCAUCCCAACCGUGACGCUCUGAACGCCUUUUGCUCGGACGAUGAUACGCACCUGCCCGGCGGCGACGGCCCCUUGUCUGGACUGACCUUCGCCUCCAAGGACAUAUUUGACGUGGCGGGCCACAUUACCACCGGGGGCAAUCCGGCCUGGAAGGCUACCCACGCUCCGGCAGAGGCCAAUGCCUGGGUUGUCCAGCAGUUGGUGGAUGCCGGCGCCGAACUGGCCGGCAAGACCAUUACCGACGAGUUGACCAGGGGCAUCUUUGGGGAGAAUGUUCACUACGGUACCCCGGUCAAUCCACGCGCCCGGGACGGGUGCCCGGCGGGUCUUCCAGCGGGCGGUUCGGUAAGGGUACCGGCCAGCUUCUGCGGCCUUUACGGGCUGCGUCCCACCCACGGUCGUAUACCUCGCACCGGGAUGAUGCUCCAGGCGCCCAGCUACGACACCAUCGGCUGGUUUGCCCGCGAUGCAGAGACAUUUGGGCAGGUUGGGAAGGUUCUCCUGGCUUCCAGCGGAAGCCCGGGCGUCCCGCUUCACCUCAUUAUUGCCGAGGAUGCCUUUGAACUGGCGGAGUCGGAUACUCGGUCCGCCCUCAUGGCUGCGGUGGAAGAAAUAGGUUCGCUGUUCGAUUCGGUGACCACUGUCCGACUUUCGCUCACCAGCCUCACUGACUGGUCCAACCAGCAGCAGGUAUUACAGAGCCGCGAGGCGUGGGAGUCGGUGCGGGAGUGGAUUGACCGCGUGAACCCCGCGUUCAGUUUCGAGGUUUCAGACCGCUACGUCCUGGCCCGGUCCGUUACCGACGAGCAGGUGGCCGCGGCACAGUUAAGGCGAGAGGAAAUCGUCGCCCGAAUGAACGAGGUCUUCCAGGGCGGUGAAAAGGUGGUGUGCCUGCCCACGACCAUCAGCCCGGCUCCGCCCACGGGACAGGCCGUGUCCCAGCGGCACGAACUGCGGCUUCGCAACAGCGCCAUCACGUCAAUAGCAGGCAAUACGGGCCGGCCCCAGAUUUCACUGCCGCUGGUCGAGGUAGGUGGGCUGCCGGUGGGACUGUCCCUGCUGGGCGACCGGGGAGCGGAUGAAGCAUUGAUCUCCCUGGCAAGCAGGGUGGCGGGUCAGGGCUAG